GCUGUUUCGACAGGUAAGCGUCAUAUCAAUAACAUAGCAACUGCUGUCUCUCGGUAAUACAUCGUUUGAGGAAUAAAAUUAAACACCGCAGAAGGACAGGGCCAGUGAGAUUUCACACUGAUCAGUGAAAGAGAGACCAUGUGGAAGUCACAUGAGUGCAGAGGAUGAGGCGACUGCAACCAGAGAGAAGCAACUUUACUAUCAGCCUGAGACAGCCAGCGGAUCGGACCCUCUCCCUUUCCCCUUCAGGCCCCCCAGUACAGCAGGGGUGACGGAACUGAGAGCAUUACCAAUUCCAACGAUAACCACCAUAAUGAGUAGGAACAGCACCACGCCUCCUGACGUCACUGGAGACGCAGCUGCUGGCUACAUCUUGGUACCGUUCCUGCUCAUCACUAUCGUUGGGAUAGCUGCUGCCGGGGUGAUGUACGUACAGAAGAAAAGAAGGGUAGACAGGUUACGACACCAGCUGCUGCCCGUGUACACCUACGACCCUUCGGAAGAGCUAGGCGAGGCGGAGCAAGAGCUGCUGUUGAGGGAAGAAGACACAAAGGUUCUGCAGGCUGUGAUAUUAUAUUACAGUGUCCUUGGGGGUCAAUGUAUGUCUAUUAUAAGGAAAGCAGCUGGUUGGUUAAUGGCACGACAGGCGAUAUUAAAAGCUUCUGGGAAAUGCAAGUGUGACAGACUUAUCUGAAGUGACAGCAUUCAAAGUGUUACAGGGCUGGGGAAAGGCUUAUCAACACCGGCGGUCCCUCCUGCUGAAGGACGUUCAUGCGUGAGGCUGGGUAUCUGCACAAGCACAGGGACUGGCAGGCAGGUUCGGUAAAUCCUACCGUUUACAAUUGAAGGAUUCAUUGUCUGCUAAUGUGGAGUUGCAGCACCUGUUUUUGCCUUGAGGCAUAAUGAUGAUUUCAAUUGUUAGAUUUUUUUUUUUUUCACAUCCUUUUCUUCACCCUGCCCAACUGGAAAGUCUUAUUUUUAUAGAGGUUUUUGGUUCAGUCAUCCAAAAUACAGUGUUUCUCGAAUCUUCAGUUUCGUAUUGAAAUCGAUCAUUAUCCUGUGUUCAAUCCUACCCCGGCCAAAAUACAACAAGCUGCAAGAUAUUAAAUGCCAAAGAUUAAUUUUUUAUUUAAAGUGUUUUGUUUAUUCAUGUUGUUCUGUUUGUUGAAACCUUAAAAGCACUGAUUUAUAUUCAGGAAAGUGUUACAUUAUAUAUUAUUUCCUAUUAUAUAUGCUUUGUUUUAUGUUUGUAAUUGUGUUUAUAGAGGUAUAAUUAUAAUCUACAGAUCUAGCAGAAACAUUUUGACUUUACCUUCCACUUAUGGAAGAAUUAAGGAAGAACCUUCUUUAUUCAAACUGCCCUCUUAGUCGCACUGGAACCACACAGAUAAAAAAAAAACAAUACAUUGUUUAAUGAUUUGCUGUAACAGCACUUACCGUAGUUAUGUACUAAUAAAUCCUUCUCCAUGUCUUCAAUGCA